AAAAAAAGGAAAAAAAACGAAGAAAAAAAGGCACAUCUGAGGGGUUUGAGGGGCGGAUUUGGACAAAGUUUCCCAACUGUCCCGACCCGAGGAAGCUCCGGGGGGGUUGACGGGGAAUCGAUUUGACCGAAAUAAUGGACGAUUCCCAUUUCAACUCAUCAUACUUUUGGUCUCCCGUCCCCACUGUACAAGGACAGAUUGAGAACGCCAUGUUCCUGAACAAGGCGAAGGAGCAGCUGGGUCCAGAGAAGGCCAAUGCACCCUCCUUUCCUCACUCCUCUGCGUCUUCCACUUCCUCCCCGCACUAUCCCACCGCUGUGCUGGCCAUCCCCGGCUCAGUGGACACAGGGGCCGGGGUGCGAGUCGUACCCAAACAGGAAGGAGGAGGUGGUACUGCAGGAGGAGGUGGCGGUAACAGCGGCAGCACACCUUUAAGUGUAGUUGGGGGACACCUGCACCAGUCGCACACAUCACAGAAUAUCACCGUUGUGCCUGUUCCCUCCACGGGUAUCAUGACUGCAGCGGGGUUAGUGAUUACCACCCCUCAAGGCACACUACUGCCUACGGCCUCCACGCAGUCAUUUGUGACCGGACCUCCUACUGCCACCACCAUGAUAGUGUCUGCAUUGCAUCCCUCCAAUACAGACAAGAAGGAGGACAUCACCAUCCCUCCUGCUGUUGUCAUGCCGACGCCAUCAAAGCGAGGCAGGAAGAGCAAGCAGGUGAUGGGCAGAGUGACAGGAGUGGGGGUGGGAGGGGUCCUCCCUCCAGGAAGUGACGCGUUAAUAUUGGCACACCUUGCUGCUGGUGGACAGCAUCACUCUGCUGACCCAUAUGAUCUGUCCAACGAUGAGGAUGAUCAUCCCAGCAAAGAAGGCCCCAAAUCCUACAGGUGUCGGAUGUGCGCAGUGACAUUCUUCAGCAAGUCUGACAUGCAGAUCCAUGCCAAGUCCCACACUGAGGCCAAGCCCCACAAGUGCCCUCACUGCUCCAAGUCGUUUGCCAACUCCAGCUACCUGUCCCAGCACAUCCGCAUCCACAGUGGGGCCAAGCCCUACUCCUGCACUUACUGCCAGAAAACCUUCAGGCAGCUCAGUCACCUCCAGCAGCACACACGAAACCACACUGAGGCCAAGCCCCACAAGUGUCCCCACUGCUCCAAGUCGUUUGCCAACUCCAGCUACCUGUCCCAGCACAUCCGCAUCCACACGGGGGCCAAGCCCUACUCCUGCUCCUACUGCCAGAAAACAUUCAGGCAGCUCAGUCACCUCCAGCAGCACACACGGAUUCACACUGGUGACCGACCGUACAAGUGUAACCAUCCUGGCUGUGAAAAAGCUUUCACUCAACUGUCCAACCUACAGUCUCACCGUCGGCAGCACAACAAAGACAAGCCGUACAAGUGCCACAACUGUAACCGUGGUUACACGGACGCUGCCAGCCUGGAGGUGCACCUGUCCACACACACCGUCAAACAUGCCAAGCUGUUCUCCUGUGGCCUCUGUAACCGAUCCUACACCUCGGAAACUUAUCUAAUGAAACACAUGAGGAAGCACAACCCUGACCCGCUAACAGUGGCCGCAACCGUUGCUGCUCAGCAGGCACAGGGCCUCACACCAGGUGGUAGGGGCCGAGGUCGUGGUCGAGGAAGAGGAGGUGGCACUGGCGGGGGCAGAGCGGGCCAGCUUCAAAACCAGACGAACCCCAACAACACCCAGAACCCAAACCCUGGACCCCCAGGCAGCUACCAGCCCCCCCAACAACCCACAGAAGCUGUGGUUCAGUGUCCAUUUGACCUUCACCAGUACAAGACAGUGGCUGCCAGCGAGAUCCAGUACAAACCAGUCACUGUGGGAGACCUACCAGUGACCCACAAAGACCUCUGCCUCACUGUCUCCACGUCAGCCAUACAGGUGGAGCACAUGAACUCAUAGGUUGCGUUUUCCUACUCUGUUAGAGGGAUUAAUAAUCAUGUCUGAAGUGUAAAAAAGGUCCAUAGAAGCAAGUAACUUAACUGCACUCAGUAUUACAGCUGUCUAAAGCUAGAAAAAUGCUGUUUAAGCUAUACAAACUUUCCGGUAAACAAUACAAGUGGAGUUUGUUCUGAUUCUCUCCCUGUGAUUCUGAGUUAUCCUUUAUUUUUAAAGGGGUUGAUGCUCAAAGACAUGUGUAUUUCAAAAAUGAACCCAAGGUCAGUUUUUUCUUUCUUUCAAAUGAGCUUUAAUGCUGAGUGCAACUUUAACUUACUUGUUUUAAUACAGAUAUUUUACAAUGUGCUUCUUGGUUCCUGAGCCUUCUUGUGCCAAGUAUUCUCAGUAAAAUACUGGUUUGUGUCACUGAUUUAGCUGUUUACUAUUCAGCAUGGAGCCAAAUUCGUUUAAAAGGCCUGGGAUCAGAUUUAGCUUUUAUAUCAUUAUGACUGAAAUUAUGAAUCUCGAGUCUAACCAGCAGCUUUUCUCUGGCUCAUUGUGUCUCUUUUUUACUGUAUUAUUGGCAGCAGGCAUCAUUGGAGGAUGAAAGUGUAAAAUAUCUGUAAAGUAAGAAAUGACACCAUUGUCUGCACAUUGAUGAUCCAGAGAAUGGUGUUGUUUUUGACCUAUCCAGAUCACAUUAAUCUGAACAUUCUUCACUCUUUAGUUCAAGCCAAAACAAGGGAGAGCAAUGCAGACAGAAAUCAUUGAUGGAAGACUGGAGUUUGGAAGAGACACAGAGAAGGAUGGACAGAAGAAUUGUUUCAAAAAAAACGGAGGAAUGCCUCGGUAAAAACUUUUGAAUCACAUUUGAAUGACACCAUCAACGUGCCGUGGAGGAGAAAGGCUGAGUGAGUUAAAGCCCGAAGAAGACAACAAAAAAGAAGCUCAGCAAGAGAAGGAUGUGGUGUGUUUUGGGAUUAGGCUGAAACUGGACCUGAAUCUCAAAGUGUGCAUUUCUCAAAUCAUGAUGUCCUUAUUUACACCCACCUCCUUUCAAACAGAGAAGAGCUGAGAAACUGAUUCCUGAAUGGAGCCCAAAGUUUUUGGAGAAAAGAGGUUGAAGAAUGCACUAAAUGUGAGGAGUCUGCAGCAAAAUGAGAUGAAAAGAGGAGAGAAAAAGGGGGCUGGUGGGGUGGGAGGGGUCCUAAAGAAAGCACUUGAUGAAGCUCGUACUUCACGCCUAUGUUUGUCAUCAUUGUACUUUUUUUUAUAUAUCAUAUGUAUGUAUUUUUCUACCAACAGAGGAACGUGUGAACAAACUCAGAGAGAAAGCAAAGUGAACGCAUGAAUGUGAAGGGAACAGAUAAAAAAGUCCUAAGAGUGUUUUUUCCCCAUUUUUUCUUAUUAUUCAAAGAGAGACCGUUUACUAUCCUCCAAUGAGUACAGACAGCCCAACUCUUCAUUUGGUGGGCAGUUGUCGGGGGACUAAUGAUUGUGUGAUAAAAAUGGCUGACAGGUACUGUUAUCAAUCUUUUUUUAAAAAGAACUUUUCAUACAUAUUAUUACUACUUUCAUUAUUACUGUAUUGCAAAUGUUAUCCACAUUAUUAUCAAUCUGAGGCAUUAUUGUAUUGCAGUAUGCUGUACAUAAAAUAGAUAGAAAGUACUUUUUCAUCCUUAAAAGGGAAGUUUGUCUCAUGUAAAGCUAUUAUGGAAACUCAAAGGAACUCAAUUUGACAUGUAUCAAAGCAUCAGCUGUGUCCCUGGUCACCUCUAUUGCCGAUUCAGCUCCACUGAAGGAGUUUGGAACAUUACCUACAUUUUUAUGAAGAAGUACAAAACUUUUAUUAUCAUAUCGUUCUCCACUUUUCAGACAAAACUGAAACUGAAAUUUCAUGCCAGAUUUAUUAUGUUAACUUUGUAAUAGUCAUUCACAGUAACUAUUUUUAAAGGACAAUUUUAAAAGGUUGUAAAAGCUGCCUAAAGUCUUCUUCUCUAAAUAAGUGGAAAAGGAUAAAUCAUCCCCUUAUUUAGAGAAUCAUAAUUACCAUGUUAGCAUAAGAUAUUAAUCGUAUGUACAAUGUACAGUGCUUAACAAAUUUAUUAGACCACCCUAACCCUAACCAAAGUAAAGUUUAUGCCACAGCUGCCCUAAAUUAACAGCAUUGGUAAUUACCAAAAUCAUUUUUUAUGUUUC